UGUGACUGUGGGCCCUGGAAACAGCCGCAGAGUGAGAGCUCUCGCCGCUCCGCCUCUGCGCGUCUCCGCCCAUCUCGGUGCAGUUUCCUCCUCAGGUGUUCGCAGCAGGAGGACGGAGGAGUGCGUCGGGACUGUCGGUGCUGCUCCGGGUCUGGCCUCUGCCGAACAAAUCAUGGAGUCUAAACUUUAUUAUUUCACCCGGAGCGGAAUAAAAACCAGAUUUAACCUUCAGCUAUGAGGACGAGCGCGCCCUGGACUCAGGAGAGGAUCUUUGGUGUCCGUCUGUGACAGUUUGGGGUGACCGACUUCCACUCAGUCCAGGUGUGGUUCUUACACCUGCGGCCGCGCUUCGGUUCAGUAUUACUUAAGAUUUUUCCCCGUCAGGACAGUGCGUGUGUGCGGAGCUCACGAUGUCGGGGAUGAUCACUGUGACAGAGUUUAUUUCGGAGACUAACGAGGACUACAAAGCUCCGACCACCUCCAGCUUCACCACCCGGAUGUCCCACUGCAGGAACACGGUGGCAGCUCUGGAGGAGGUCCUGGACCUGGACCGAUCAGUUCUGCACAAGAUCAAGAAGUCGGUGAAGGCCAUCCACGCGUCCGGUCUGACUCACGUGGAGAACGAGGAGCAGUACGUCCAGUCCAUGGAGAAGUUCGGGGACAACUGUGUGUGCAGGGAUGACACCGAGGUUGGCUCCGCCUUCCUCAAGUUCGCCGUGUUCACCAAGGAGCUGACGGCGCUCUUCAAAAACCUGUUACAGAACAUGAACAACAUCAUCACCUUCCCUCUGGACAGUCUGCUGAAGGGGGACCUGAAGGGCGUCAAAGGGGACCUGAAGAAACCAUUCGACAAAGCCUGGAAGGACUACGAGACCAAACUAGCCAAGAUCGAGAAGGAGAAGAGGGAGCACGCCAAGCAGCACGGGAUGAUCCGGACCGAGUUCAGCGGAGGAGAAAUUGCCGAGGACAUGGAGAAGGAGAGGCAACUCUUCCAGCUGCAGAUGUGUGAGUAUCUCCUCAAGGUGAACGAGAUCAAAGUGAAGAAAGGGGUUGACUUCCUCCAGAACCUCAUCAAGUAUUUCCACGCUCAGUGCAAUUUUUUCCAGGACGGACUGAAAGCUGUGGAGAGUCUGAAGCCAUCUGUAGAGAAACUGGCUACGGACCUGACCGCGAUUAAACAGACUCAGGACGGAGAGAGGAAGCAGCUGACUCAGCUCCGAGACGUCCUGAAAGCUUCGCUGCAGUCGGAGCAGAAAGAGGACUCCCAGGCGAAGCAGAAUGCAGGCUACAGCCUCCACCAGCUGCAGGGAAACAAGGCCCAUGGAACCGAACGCUCUGGAUUCCUCUACAAGAGAAGUGAGGGCCUGAGGAAGGUGUGGCAGAAGAGGAAGUGCUCGGUGAAGAACGGUUUCCUGACCAUCUGCCACGGAACGGCUAACAAAGCUCCAGCUAAAGUUAACCUGCUCACCUGCCAGGUGAAGAGGAAUCCAGAGGAGAAGAAGAGCUUUGACCUGUUUUCACACGACAGAACGUAUCACUUCCAAGCCGAGGAUGAAGCAGAGUGUCAGAUCUGGAUGUCAGUGCUGCAGAACAGUAAGGACGAGGCUCUGAACAUGGCCUUCAAAGGAGACCAGGAUGACGGCGAGAACAACAUUGUCCAGGAACUGACCAAGGCCAUCGCCGAAGAGGUAAAGAGGAUGAGAGGCAACGACAGCUGCUGCGACUGCGGAGCCGCAGACCCCACCUGGCUCUCCACCAACCUGGGGGUCCUGAUCUGUAUCGAGUGCUCGGGGAUCCACAGAGAGAUGGGAGUCCACUACUCCAGGAUCCAGAGUCUGGACUUGGACGUCCUGGGGACCUCUGAGCUUCUGUUGGCGAAGAAUGUGGGAAAUGCCAGCUUCAACGAGAUCAUGGAGGCCGAUCUGGUGGAGCAGGACAUGACCAAACCUGAUCCGAGAAGCGACAUGCAGAUCAGGAAGGACUACAUCACAGCAAAGUACACAGAGAAGCGUUUUGCUCGGCACCUUUGUCCCGACGCCGCAUCCAGACUGCAGGUUCUGUACGAGGCCGUCAGGAACAGAGACAUCCUGUCUCUGAUCCAGGUCUACGCUGAGGGGGUGGACCUGAUGGAGGUCAUCCCACAGCCCAAAGAACACGAACCUGGAGAGACGGUGCUCCACCUGGCCGUGCGUAUGGCCGACAGGAACUCCCUCCACAUCGUUGACUUCCUCGCACAAAACGGUGCUAACCUGGACAAGCAGACGGCGAGAGGCAGCACAGCGCUGCACUACUGCUGCCUGAUAGACAACAGCGAGUGUCUCAAACUGCUGCUGAGAGGAAAAGCUUCCGUGUCCAUCGCCAAUGACGCAGGGGAGACGCCGCUGGACAUCGCCAGACGCCUGCGACACACUCAGUGCGAAGAGCUGUUGACUCAAGCUCAGACCGGAAAGUUUAACGUCCAUGUUCACGUCGAGUAUGAAUGGCGUCUCCAAAACGAGGACCUGGAUGAGAGUGACGACGAGAUGGAGGACAAGCCUAUCCCCAACCGUCGUGAGGAGCGUCCGGUCAGCUGCUUCAUGCCAGGCAGCGGCCCCAUGCAGUCCAACCUGGCGGCGUUGGCCCGGGAUGUGGCCUGCCUGGCACGGGACAAACAGAGGCCUCAGGUCACGAGUAUGAUGAUCAACAAUGAGAGCUACGGCACCAUGAUGGACCUCAACCUGCCGCCACCGGGCCCAACACCCCCGCUGCCUCCCAGAGCACCCAGCAAAGGACCAGGACCCAGUAAACCCGCUGCAGUAGAAACCAUAGGGCGACAGCGGUCGAGCUCUGACCCCCCGCUCCCUCAAACCCCUGAGAGGAACUCCUCCAUGUAUGUGCUCCCAGCUCUCCCAGCAGUGCCUCCUCUGCCGCCUCCUCUUCCUCCUCCAGGAAACAAGAAGUCCAGCAUAUUGGAGCCCAGGACCGGGUCAGUCAGGAACACGCCCCUCCCUCCUCUGCCUCCCCAACCAGCACCAGGACCCCCCUCCAUUCCUCCAGUACCCCAAGUUCCACCACCCUCCAUCCCACCACCCCAAAAAGUUCCACUCCUCCCCCCACCUGUCUCCAGCCAACAGACCAGCAGACCACCGGCUCCACCAGGACCGCUGCCAACAGUGGUUCCACCAGAACCACCGCCGCCACGGGGACCCAAAUCACCCAUUGGAUCAGGGAAAUAUCCUCCAGUGAGGCCUCCUGUCAGGACUGCAUCUGUGGACAAACGAGGUCAGGUCAGAUCGGCCCAGACUCCGGGUCCUCCACUACCCAAACCCAGGAGCACCGUUUCUAAGCAGAGGCCUCAGAGGGUGAAGGCCAUCUAUAACUGUUUAGCUGAUCACCCCGAUGAGCUGACGUUCACCGAGGGGGAGGUGAUCGUGGUGGAGGGGGAGGAGGACAGCGAGUGGUGGGUCGGUCACAUCGAAGCAGAGCCGACCAGACGGGGAGUGUUUCCUGUCACUUUCGUUCACUUCAUCACAGAGUAACAUCAGGUGUGAAUGGAGACGAGUCACAUGUUCAUAACUGUUCAGCUCCUGUUGUCUAACAGCAUGGCUCAGUCUGACUGGAGACAACAGGCCCAGGACUGGAGCAUCGACCGCAGAGUGUGAAUGAACUGAAAACAACGAAGCCCCUUGUUGUUCCACCUGACAGCUUCAAUCUAACUUUGCCUCUCAGAUCAAGUACAUUGAAGACAUCUGAGCAGCACCUAUGUGACCCUGCUCUGUAGCUUUGUCUUUACAAACCUUUAAAUUCUAGUGGAGAGCUCAAGGUUUCCAAAGAGCCCAGAUUUGUCAGACUGAAGCUUAUGAGUGUCUGAAAUGCCUUAAAAUUUGGAUAUUUCACUUCAUAGCUUCAGUUAAAAGCUGCAAUAACCUGCUGUAUAGAAUAUGUAUGUACGUCUGCAUCAUAUGGCCAACCAUCUCAGUGUUAGACCUCUGAUGCUCUGGUGUUUGAUUGGAACAUGUCCACAUACUUUUGUUGCCAUAGAGGACAUGAUAUUGUUAGAGACAGUGAUACAAUGUGCUAGUGGUAUCAAACCUGUGAUGUUACAGCUCAGAAAUCUAAUCUGCUUUCUGUUUAUGGAUGUUUUCUCAGCAAACGUCUGAUUCCAGUUUUUCUGUUUUACGGGAAACAGAAACUUAUUAGAAAUGAUUUUAUAUUACUUUAACAUGUUAGCUGAAGGGAAACUGUCACUGAUUGUUUAUAUGAGAGCUUUAACUGGAGGAUGAAAUAUGAUUUUACUGUAUUCUCAUGUUCUUGUAACACAGUAUCAAUAAAAACAUGAAACUAC